ACUUCAUUUGAAGUCUCAAAUUAACAGAGUAAAGUCACACUUCAUUAAAGAUUGUCAAAUACUUUAUUUUAACAACUUAACCAUUACCAUUACUCAUCAAACGUAAUAACAAUUUUCAUCAUUGUUCAUUUUCAUCUGUAACAUUAUCAUGAAAUGUUUCCCUUUUUCACUCCAAAAAUCAUCUUAAAAUGUCUACUCUUUAUGUUGACCAAUUUUAUACUUGAACCUCAUAAGUGACAAUCAAAUUUGAUCAAUUUAACAAUAGGUGACAAUUGAUCAUUUAAACUGGAUUUGAAAGUUAACGAUUAAACACACAAUCAAUUGAGAAAAGAUAAAAAUUGGAAUAAAUUGUUGAACUUUUGUACAGCAGAAAAAGCAAUGGAAUUACUAAUCAAUUCAUCAAUGAUUCCAAUUGUUAAAGAUUGGAAAAGUUUAUGUGCAUUCGAGAAUACCCAAGUGUCUUCAUCAUCUCUAUCAAGUUCAUCUGAAUCUUCAUCACCCUUUUCAUCAUCAUCAUCAUCAUCAUCCUUUGAGUGCAUCGAUUUAAUAACCUUUCUCAACAAAUCUGACCUGGAAAGCCUUUUAACUCUGUAUAAUGAUUCACUGGUUACCGACCCAUCCUUUGCCUUUGCCUCGUCCGUGUCCUCAUCCAUCUCAGGUUCAUCUUUUACUUCAUCCUCUGCCUCUUCAGCUUCAGCUGGAAGCAGUAAAUUUGUACCCGAACUUGUGGUCCAAGUCAUUUGGUCCAUUGUCUUUGGACUAAUGAUACUGGUUGCCAUGGUGGGAAACACGACAGUCAUCUGGAUUGUCACUGGUCACCGGAAAAUGAGAACAGUGACCAAUGUUUUCCUUCUCAAUUUGACCAUUGCCGAUCUCAUUAUGGCCACUUUCAAUGGUGUCUUUAAUUUUGUUUACAUGCUUCACUCUCACUGGCCUUUCGGUCAAACCUAUUGUAAGAUUAACAACUUCAUUGCCAAUGUAACAGUCGCCUCAUCUGUAUUCACCAUUACAGCAACAUCCAUUGACAGGUAUAUUGCUGUUGUCCAUCCACUGAAACCUCGGAUGACCAAACAUCAAGUUAUGCUGAUUAUAAUCAUGGUCUGGAGUUUAGCAGCUUUAUUAUCACUUCCUAAUUUACUUUACUCUGAACUGUUUACCAUACCCUUUCAAGAUGGAGGCUAUCGAGUGGUCUGUAUUUUAGUUUGGCCUGAUGGUUAUGCUGGACAAUCAACAUUAGAUUACCUAUAUAAUUUGACCUUUUUGGCGAUAACCUAUGUGAUACCCAUGAUUUCAUUGAUAAUUACUUAUUCCUUGAUGUCUCGAGUUCUUUGGGGCAGUAAAGGGAUUGGCGAGGAAACUGACAUUCAACGAGAAUCGAUUCGUUCAAAGCAAAAAGUGGCUCGAAUGUUGAUCGCUUUGGUUGUGCUUUUUGCUAUCUGUUGGCUACCUUAUCAUGCUUACUUCCUCUAUUCAUAUCAUUAUCCACAUAUUAAUCAAUCAGUCAUCAUUCAACAUAUUUACCUUUUCUCAUAUUGGCUGGCAAUGUCCAAUUCAAUGUACAAUCCAUUGGUUUAUUAUUGGAUGAACAAAAGGUUCAGGAGUUACUUUGCGUCCAUUUUUUGCUUCUUUUCCCGGAAUCGUUUGAAAAAACAAUUGAGUUACAAUGUGAAAACUGAUUUAUCCUCAAAUGGUUUCCAACAUGGUACAACUCAUUACCGUCGCACACCCGUCCAAUCAUCCAAUCAAAUUGAGCUUCACCAACGUAACAAUUUAGACGAUCCAGAUUAUCCAACCUGUAAUAAUCCAAGUAAAGGUUAUCCUGAGACAAAGUUAAACCUUAAUCCAAGUAAACAGUCAAAUGGCUAUUUAUUACAGCAAUCAAGUGACUCGACAUCACCUUUAAUAUUAAACAAUGUUUUUAGAGGAGUGUUAAUAAAUGGAAACACCAUUAAUGGUGAUAAUAGUGAUAACAAUAACAGUACUUUCAAUGGACAAAAUAAUGGCCAUGCUAAUGGUAAUUCAUUGACCAACAGCCAAUCAAUUGUUCACAAUAAUAAUAACAAUAAUAAUCACAAUAAUCAAAACGAUUCCAAGUCUAAUCAUGGUGCUAAUUGUGAAUGUAAUAGACUCUUAUCUUGUUAAUUGAAUGAAACCUUUUCCAAAAGUGAUUCGAGUGAUUCCACUUUUGAAAAGCGUUUCAUUAAUGCGGCCCAUUGGAAUGGUAAACAACAUUGUCUACAAUUGGAAGGGAAUUUACAAAUUACUUUUUCUCUCUUUUCUAAUUCCAGCAAUCAAUUUACAUGUGAAAAUCAAAUGUUAAUGUUAAAUAUAAAUGUAUAAUUUUUGACUCCGCUAAAUUUGAUUUGAUUGUAUAUUGUUAUGUAAAAAUCAAAAAAUGGAUUUGAAUAAAAAACACAAAAAAGUGAUCUUUUUUGAAAGCAAUUCUGGUCACUUUUGCUCAAUGUUGUCAUUCACAAAAUAUUAAUGAACCAUUCAAAGGCAUUUGAGAUCGUUUCACAAUAUAAUUUAAUCCAUGAAUUGAAUUGAAAAUAUAUUCAGAUAGAAAAAUAGAUCAACAAUGGUUGAUCAAUGACUAAACGCUGGUUCCAUUAAUCAAAAAAGCUUGAAAAGCUGUGAACAAAAGACAAAUUGACUACAAUCACAUAUUUUUAAAGUGUGAUUAAAUUAUAAUUAAAAUGAUUGGCAUUAUUAAUCGAUAUUAAUAAAAGUGUUUAGGAAAAAGGGUUUCCUAGAAAAAUUGGGUUAAUGGUUGUUGAUGAAUAAUGAUGACUAUGGAUGGAUGCCUUAAUGAAUGGCUUCAAGAUCAUUUGGCUAUCCUGAUAACCUCCGUUUUAUCACUAAAAGUCACUAUUGAUUUCCUUCGAUUCUCGGCACCAAGAUCAGGCGCUAGCGAGUCCUUUUUAUCCUCUGGUUCUUCAACUUCGGGAAUGAUUGAGGCUCUUCUAGAGG